UACUGGAUCACUGUGUUGGUGCGCCCCGCGCCGUGGAGGAACCUGCUCUGUGGAUGGAUGCGCACGGGAUGCUCCUUCCUGCACUUGUAUCGCGCGCAACAAAAAGUCGAAACCUUUAAAGGAACAAAAAGCUUGAGCCGUGUCUCAUCAUGAGGUGCUCCUGGGUGGCUUUCGCCUCACACUUUGUUCUGCUGCCAAUAUCAGUUUUGUGCCGGCCGGUCAUCUACCCCAGCGGGCCCCACGUAGUCGUUCCCAUGGGGGGAAGGCUGGAGCUGCGUUGCCAUGACAAUGACACGACAUCUGCCUCUCCGUCCGCGGUGAGGUGGCAGGGGGAGAGAGUUCGCAGAUUGGAGGAAGAGGUGGAGGAGGGCAGAGUGGCCUACAUCAAUGUGAAUAAGGCACAGGGCCACCACAUGGGUCGCUAUGUGUGCGUCAACAAUAGCACGCUGGAACACAGCUCCAUCUACGUAUAUGUCAGAGAACGGCAGAGCGCCUUCCACCCCACCAUUGUGAACGAUAUCCUGGUCCGCGAAGGAGAUAACUGCACCAUCCCUUGUCUUGUGACCAACCCCGAGGUGACCCUGCUAGCCUUGGAGACGUGCGAUGAAAAACCUUUGCCCGAGGGCAUUAGUUACCACAGUGACCUGCAGCGAGGGGUCACCUUCAGCAGCGUCACGAAGGAGUACGUGGGCUGCUUCGUGUGUGCGGGACAGCUCGCUGGGCAUAAAGUGAAGUCACGCCAAUACACGGUGGACGUACUACUUGUGCCAAAGGUGCCUCCAGGGAUCACGUUAUCCCACAAAGAAACAGUCAUCCUCAGGAGGGGAGAGCUGUUUUACAUUACCUGUAGCUCCAACAACGUCAACCCGAACUUCAGUGUCAAAUGGGAUUUCCCUUCAACAGCGCACCCUGAUGAAUCCAACACCUCACACAUCCUGUCCGAUUUCCGUGGUUACCAGCGUGGCACCUCGCUCUUGAUCACAGCUGUCAACCAAUCAGACGCGGGCAUUUACCGCUGUCGCGCCCACAACGAGAGAGGCACCAGUGCCACAUCGCUGCAGCUGGACGUCCGGGAUCAGGGGUACAUCACCAUGUUAGGAAGCCCAGGUCCGAUCCAGGCCGAAGUCAAAGAGGGGGAGAGCCUGAGCCUCAGAGUGGAAUUCAAUGCCUACCCCGCCCCCAGCUCCCUGACGUGGGCACACAACGGCAAACGGCUCCUCAACACCACAGAGCACAUCAUCACCAUCCACCGCGGCAAAUACAGACUCAUCAGCGAGCUGCGGCUCGUCAGGGUCUUCCGCUCGGAGGGCGGGAUCUAUAAGGUCUCGGCCAGCCACGAGGACGCGGCCGCCGAUCAUACAUUCCACGUGUACGUCAUCAGCAAGCCGGUUAUCAUCGCCCAAGACGGCCCGAUUGAUGGACAGGUGCGGUGCAUCGCCGCUGGUUACCCAGUCCCUAGGAUAAGCUGGUACUUCUGUGAGCUGCCCCACACAAGGUGCUCACUCCUCCCCAAUGCCACAGAAUGGGAGAGUCCGGAUGUUGCCAUGGUGACAGACUCCGCUUUUGGUCGGGGCAAAGUGGUGAGCCGGCUGAACGUGAGCACGGAGCAUGCGCACUAUCACACCCUGGAGUGCGUGGCGAGCACGGAGGGGGGAGAGGAGGCCUACACGCUGUUCUCCAUCAGUGAGCGCAUCGUCCCCCAUAAACUCUUCACUCCUCUCCUCACUGGCAUGGUGGCCACUGGCAUCCUGCUCAGCCUCAUUCUAGUGGUGCUGCUCUAUAAAUACGCGCAGAAACCAAAGUUCCAAACCCAGUGGAAGGUCAUCGAGAGUAUCCAUGGCAACAACUACGUAUACAUCAACCCCACCCAGCUGCCGUAUGACUCCAAGUGGGAGUUUCCUCGACAGAAACUACGCUUUGGUAAAACCUUGGGCUCUGGGGCUUUUGGAAAGGUAGUGAGGGCCACAGCGUAUGGACUCUGCUCCGCAGAUACUGUUACAACUGUUGCCAUUAAGAUGCUCAAACCCAAUGCUCACGCUACGGAAAAGGAGGCGCUGAUGUCAGAGCUGAAGGUGCUCAGUUACCUUGGAAACCACGUGAACAUCGUUAACCUGCUGGGGGCCUGCACUGUCGGAGGCCCAAUUUUGGUGAUCACAGAGUACUGUUGCUAUGGCGACCUCCUCAACUUCCUGCGCAGAAAUAGAGAGGCCUUCAUGAACUCCCAAGUUGGGGAUGGUUACUAUCGCAACGUGGCGAACCCAACGGAGCACACAGCGAGCGGAGAGGUGGCUGCUACCGAAUACAUGCCCAUGCGUCCCUCUGAGAAAGAAAGGUCCUUCCAGUCAGUCGACGCAGCGGAGCUGUCUCUGGACCCCGAAGACCUCCUCAGCUUUUCCUACCAGGUGGCCAAGGGAAUGGAGUACAUUACCUCCAAGAACUGUGUCCACAGGGAUCUUGCUGCCAGAAACAUUCUGCUGACUCACGGCAGGGUGGCAAAGAUCUGUGACUUUGGGUUGGCACGUGACAUCACCACUGACGCCAGCUAUGUGCUCCGGGGCAACGCUCGCCUGCCAGUCAAGUGGAUGUCUCCCGAGAGCAUUUUUGACUGUGUCUACACUUUCGAGAGUGAUGUGUGGUCCUACGGCAUCCUGCUCUGGGAAAUCUUCUCUCUGGGUCACAGCCCGUAUCCCGGGAUGCAGGUGGGCUCAGCAUUUUAUAGGAGGAUUCAAGACGGCCACAGGAUGAGCAGGCCCGACUUUGCUCCCAUUGAGAUGUAUGACAUGAUGUUGUCCUGUUGGAACCACGAUCCUUUGAAGAGACCUGCCUUCAGUAAGCUGGUGGAGAGGAAUGAACUACUUCUGUCAGAAAAUACCAGGAAUGUGUACCUGAAACUGAGCAAUGCUCCCGGUCACCCAGACCAGCAGAGGGCGCCAUCACGGAGGCUGAGCUCAGUCUGCAGCACGACAGCCCCAAACCAGCCUUUGCUGCAAAACACUGCAGACGUCUUCCAGGAAUAUGUCUGACACGCUCACGCAC